AAUUCUUAUACAGAUCGUUUCGAACCUGGUGAAGCUAAUGAAGAGUUUGAUGUUGAUUACUCCAAGGAAUUUACUGCUGAGAAGAAGAAACGGAAAGGGGUUAAAAGAGCUGCGGAACAGGAGACUGGAGAGGAUGAUGAAAUAGACUUGGUACAAGAUGAAGAAGAGGAAGAGGAUGAUAUAGACGAAGAGGAGAAUGAGGAAGAUGAAGAAGAAGAAAUUAGCGAGGAUGACGAAGAUGUAGAAAUGGAGUCAGAAUCCGAUGAAGAAGGGAAAGCUCCUAUUUAUAAUCGUGCCAACAAUGAUUUUGGCGAUAGCGACUUGAGCGACGAUGAAAGGGGUGGAAAUGAUGCAGAUGCAGCUGGCGAAAAGUUUGCAUCUCUUCUUGAAGAUUUUGAAGAGGAAGAUGAGAAUACUAAAACAAACAAGAAGGGAAAACGAAAAUGGAGGAAAUCGAAGGCAUUAAAAAACAAGAGAAAGUGA